AUGGCGCCAGGGACAUGCGUGGCGGCCAUCCCCGACCUCCCCGACGCCUAUAAGCCACCCCCGCGUCACCGGUGCCCAACCCUAGUUUUGCUCGCCCCCAUCUCCCUCUGCCUCCCUCCUCAGAUCCCCCUCCUUCUUGAUCUCCGCCAUGGACGCGUCGUCGGCGUAGCCGUCGCCGAUGGCCUCCUCGCUGCCAGAGACCACGCCAGGGGCACCGUCUUCAUCGCCUACUUCGACUACAUGGGCGAGAUCGAGCCGGAAGCCACCGGGACACCCGCUGCUUCCCCGUCCUCAACCUCCAUCCGUCUCGGUCGCCGCCGCCGUCGCCAACACCGGCCACCUCUGCUGCUCCUAAGCCACUCAACGGGCCUCCUUGUGCCUGCUCGACCCCGAGACUGCCGGCGACCCCAGUUCGACUACGGUGUUGACGAUCCCUCCUUGCCAGAGCAACCAGAUGCUGGAGCCCUGGAGCCAGACGCCACCAUCGACGACGAUUCCUGCUACAAUGGAGGUGCCUUCUACUACGUGUAGGCCGCUGACGACGACCAGGAGCAGUUAGGAGGAUCCCAGGCAGGAGGCCUGCGCCUCUUUCGAUCUGUAUCCCAGUUUGUGCUAGCCUUCUUAAGGCAAACUUGUUUAACUUA